GACACAGUAAACGGGUGUCGGCGUGAACGUCGCUGAGCUGUGAAUGGACUCUAAUGGGGAAUGUAAUAUUCUUCUGCCACUGCCUGGUUUCUUCUGUCAUUUUACCUCUGCAACGGAAGCCGGGUUUUAAUCACUCAUCUGUUUCCAACAGUGGAGAGCAUGCAGCUUGAGUCAGCAGCAUAUGAGAAGACAAUUCGGUGUUGAUAAGUGACAGAGGUGAUGUGAUGGCAGAGCUAGCAGGCAGCACAGAUCAGAGCAGACUGUCUGCUGCACACUGAACCAACUGAAUGCAACACGUUAGAGCAUAGACAGAAUGGAUUUCCCCAAUUGCACUGAAGGGGUUUUUGCCACAAGCAGCAGUGGCAAUGACUCACUGGAGACCACUAAACUCCCUCCCAGUAAGGUCCUGCUUACAGUGACCCUGUCUGUACUGGCUAUCCUGACUACAUUCUUCAACUGCCUGGUGAUCACAGCUAUUGCAGUCACCCGCAAGUUGCACCACCCAGCCAACUACCUCAUCUGCUCAUUAGCAGUGACCGACCUGCUGGUGGCGGUGCUGGUCAUGCCCUUCAGUAUCAUGUACAUCCAGAAAGAGAGCUGGGUCAUGGGCCAGGUGGUGUGUACCAUCUGGUUAAGUGUGGAUAUCACCUGUUGCACAUGCUCCAUCCUGCACCUUGCUGCAAUCGCCAUCGACCGUUACAGGGCCAUUACUGAUGCAGUGGAGUACUCUCGCAAACGCACUGGGGCCAGGGCUGGGGCAAUGGUGGCAGUGGUGUGGCUUUUAUCCAUCCUCAUCUCACUUCCUCCACUACUGUGGCGGCACUACAGCGGGGAUGCAGCGCAGGAAGAUCAGUGCAUCAUCAUCCACCAUCACAUGGCCUUCACCUUGUACUCCACCCUCGGAGCGUUUUACAUCCCCCUGCUGCUCAUCCUCAUCCUCUAUUACAAAAUCUACCGGGCCGCUCAGACCCUCUAUAUGCGCAGGGAGGCCAGCCGGGCUAGCCGUCACUCAUGUAUGACCAACGGGAGCAUGAUCCCUUCGUCCUACCCUGCUGGAGAUGGCGACGUCGAUGGGGGACCUCGAAGUCCAGAGCCCAUAAGCCCACCAGAAAAGUCUUUCUCUGAACCCUCAACUGAGGAACCUCCUCGUGAACGGGUGCGCGUAUCGGUAAAGGCUUUCCGGUGCAAGUCGCGCCGGCAUGAGUCACGUAGUGAGUCACGUCGGAGCCAGUUUUACCAAGGACCACGGAUCUCAGGCUCACGGGAGCGCAAAGCGGCAUCUACGUUGGGCUUGAUAAUAGGGGCCUUUGUCAUCUGUUGGUUGCCUUUUUUUGUCAAGGAGGUGAUCGUCAACACCUGCAGUUCUUGCAGUACUUCGAUGGAGAUGGCUGACUUUCUGACAUGGUUGGGCUACCUCAACUCGCUGAUCAACCCCCUCAUCUACACCAUAUUUAAUGAAGACUUCAAAAAAGCUUUCCAAAGACUCGUUAGGUGCAGUCAUUACCUCUGAUGGUUACAGUUAUGCAUGAUCAUACUCAUACAACAUCACAAUACACAUGUAACCAGGACGGGACAAACUAAAGGCUGGAGGUCAGAGAAUACUGACUGAAUACUGACUCAAUGUGCCUGAGAGAGAAUAAUCUCAAAGAGGAAAAGGAUUGAAACCCAUUUAUAGACACUCCACCGGGCACUUCAACAGCCUAAGUGGCACCAGCUCAGCAGUGAGCUUUGCAGCAAAGUUCCACAUUGAAAUCCAAGUCCCACUAUUGAUAGAACAGCCUGAGAUUUUCUUGAUGUAAUUGGGGUCUUUCAAGGGACAGUGACUUGUUGGUUGUUAGAAAAUGGGCCAUCGCUGACCUUUUUGAGGUCUGGGAUCUGAGCAUUAGUGAUCAGCCCCAUUUAAAGGUCUUGAAAUAGCUGGCCAUUAUAUCUGUUAAAUCUAAUGACCUCCCCUCUAUCCAGUCCAAGCUGCUAUAGCUGAAAUACAGAACAUAUGUAAAAUACCACAGCAUACCAAGUUGUGACUUUCUGUGGCCAUGACGUUAUGGGCGGUGACUUUUAUCUGAUUGACUGUCGCAGUGAUUGUUAACAGAAAUAGUUGUUGAAUCUGUUAUGUAUUCAGCCACGUAAAACAUUCCAGCAAAUAUAUAAUAUAAAUUUGUAGAUUGUUGAAGCGUCUUGUCAGGUAAUAGUAAUAAUACUGGCUUAAUUCAUUUGACAAUCCGAAAGUGGGGCUGACCUUACCAUGCCAUGUUUUAAAUGUUUAGGAUUAACAGCUUAGAAUGCCUUCACUGUGAAGAAAAUGUUUUCAUGAUCUAGGACCAAAUCAUACCAUUAAUAACACAUUCUUUAUUAUUAUUAAAAAAAAUAACUUGGGGACCAAUAUAAAAAAUGAGCUUACUUCAACUUUCACUACAAAAGGUUAACUUUUGGAGAAUGUAUUAGGGUUCCAGGUUCUAUAAGACACUGCCACUUUGAUUGAUGUUUUUGCACAACCAUUUCCUUUCAGUUAUUUCUUAAGGUAGCUAUUUAUUUAUUUAUCUAUCCAGCAUCCAUUAAACACCCAAUCCCAUCCCACUCCCACACCAUAGCCAGCAGCAGGUUAAUGAAUGUGAGAACCACCAAUGGAGAAAUACUCGUUAAAUUAAUCCCACUCAAGUACUUGGAAUAGAACUACUAUUUCUUUACUGCCUCCAAGAGGGCACAUGAUAUGUUGAUGGAAAUAUUGUGGAUGAGUCAAGUGCGAGGGUGUAUUGUAUGCCAGAGAGAUAAUACAAGGUGUGUCAUAUGCUUACAUACAUCUCUGAAAGUAUGACCAGUAUUUAUAUACUGUUUCUUUCUUUGUCUCUCACUGUCUCAAUAAUUAAUAAUAAACAGUCCACAUAUGAA